GAAAAAAAUUCAAAGUCCUUGUCCUCAUGGAGUUGGUUUACAUCCUAAGAGAGGAAGAAAUACAGUAAACAGACAAAUAUACGAACUGGCAAGUGGAGAAGAGUGCUAAAAAGAAAAAUAAAGCAGAGUAAAGAUAGAGUCCCUGGACAGUGGUUAGAGGGAGACCUUUGUGAUGAGUAGACAUUCAAGCAGAGACCUGAAUUAGGUUAGGAAGAAAGCAAUGUAGCUAUCUAGGCAGAGGGAACAGCAAGGCAAAGACUCUGAGGUAGGAACCCAAUGUGGCCAGAGCAGAGUGAGGUAGAAAUGAUAGGGUAUGGGGAAAGGAGCAUGGGACAGGGUGGGUAAUAGGCAAGAUCAUGUCAGGCCUAAUAGACCACGGUUAAGACUUUGGAUUUUAUGCUGACUAGAAGCCAUUGGAGAACUUUGAGCAGAGGAAUGACAUGGUGUGAGUUAGUUUUUAAGUGGUCAGUCUGAUUUCUGUUUGGAGAACAGACUGGAGUAGAAUUGGAGCAGAGAUGAGACUGGUUAGGACUGUUGCCAAGCUCCAGACAAAAGAUAAUGGUGGCUUGGACUCAGGAGGUGGUCGUACAGGUGGUAAUAAGCAGUCAGCUUCAGGAUAAAUUUUGAAGUUUAGAGUUGACAAGAAUUUCUCUUGAUGAUACCAUGUGCCAGGUUUUAUUUUAAGUGUUUAAUACUAAUUAUUUAAAAUUCAUAAAAAGCUUUUGAGGUAGGUACAGUUAUUAUCUCUGUUUUAUAGUUUAGAAGAAAAAAGCACAGAAAAGUAGCUUGUCCAAGGUCAUACAGCUAAAAAGUGGUGACACUGGAUUUCGAACCCAGGCAUUAUAACUCCAGAGCCUGUGCUCUAACCAUUACAGCAUUCUGUGCCCCACACCCUGCCCUGCCCCUCACCCUCCCUAUGGAGAAAUUAGAGGAAACCCCUGGGCUGGUACUAGACAAACACUGCAUAAUGCCUUCUGCCUUCCACUUUCCAUCCAGUAUGUGCAAAAUUAAUAAGAAAUAAAAUCAAAGUUUUUCUUGUUUAAUCUGCUUAUAAAGUGUUUGAGCCAGUUCUGCAUAACCUUGUCCUUUUCCUUAUUUUUCUGUGAAACUGUUUUUGAGAGAAUUUCAGAGUUUCUCAGGGGAAAUCAUAUUUUCUGACUAUUUUUCACCAGAGGAAAAGGUUGGGUCAGUAUAAACUGGUGCUGGGCAGGCUGGAGUGUAGAAGAGAGUGAGAUAAGAUUCCAGGUGUUCUUUUGGGGUUAAUUUUAACAGUUCUUUGAAACAUUCCCCCCACAAACAUACCUCAGAGAAAUGAGUUCUCAGUCAGGAUAUUGUAAACUGCUUUUUGUUUCCCUGCUCACAAUGGCCUAACUACUUUGAGUGCUUCUGACGGGCAUAAUUGAAACAAGAGAACUCUUACUGCUUCUCAUCAUCUUACCCUUAUCUUUUUCUUUUUCCUCUUUGGCUUGGGGGCUUCAGAGCACUUUCUGGGAGGGAGGAAACAGUCUUUGGAAUUCAUACAGUGGAAAUGUGUUUUCCUGGUUUCUGGCCUGGCAUAUAAGGAGCUUGGAAGUCAUCACUCCAUCCUAACAAGUAAAAAACUGAACAGACUAAAGAAUCAUCAGUCACAGGGCAAACCGCUGCUCCCAGCAUUGGAGAGACAGAGAGGCGAAUACAGAGAAUCAUGUCUUACCAGAGCAGAAGCCCACAAGCAAAAACUUCUGUGGGAACCAGUACUGAGGUAGGAAACCCUGAAUGAUGAAUUGCUGGAAGCUCAGUGUGGACAAGUCUGAGAGUUAAAAACUCCAGGGGGGUCCAGUCAUCAGGGUGGGGGGGACUCCACACUUUUGUGAGUUUCUGAACUGUAGAGCACUUCUCUUUCCCCUACAUCUCACUACCACACCACUAAAGGCUAUUUAUUAGAGUUCCUUUUACCCAGUACAUCAUGUCUGGCUUUCAACAAAUAAUUUCAAGGCAUAUUAAAAGGCAAAAAACACAGUUUGAAGAAACAGAGCAAGCAUCAGAACCAGACUCAAAUAUGACAGGGAUGUUAGGGUUAUCAAACUGGGAAUUUAAAACAACUAUGGUUAAUAUGCUAAGGACUCUAAAGGAAAAAGUAGACAACGUGCAAGAACAGAUGAAUAAUAUAAGCAGAGAGAUGGAAAUUCUGAGAAAGAAUCAAAAAGAAAGAGAGAUCAAAAACACUGUAGCAGAAAUGAAGAAUGGCUUUGAUGAACUCAUUAAUAGACUGGGUAUGGCUGGGAAAAGAAUCUCUAAACUUGAGGAUAUGUCAAUAGAACCUUCCAAAACUGAAAAAGAGAAAAAGGAGUAGAAAAAAAUGGAACAGAAUAUCCAAAAACUGUGGGACACCCACAAAAGGUAUAUGUGUAGUGGAGAAGGAGGAGAAGAGAGAGAGAAAGGAACGGAAGCAAUAUUUGAAGCAAUAAUAACUGAGAAUUUCCCCCAAAUUAAUGUCCGACACCAAUCACAGAAGCUCAGAGAACACCAAGCAGGAUUAAUGCCCAAAAAACUAUACCCAGGCAUAUUGUAUUCAAACUGCAGAAAAUCAAAGAUAAAGAAAAAAUCUUGAAAGAAGCCAGAGGAGAAAAACACCUUGCCUACUGAGGAGCGAAAAUAAGAAUUACAUCCAGCUUCUCUUCAGAAACCAAGCAAGCAAGAAGUGAGUAGAGUGAAAUAUUUAAAGUGUUGAGAGAAAUAUUUUUUCUCCAGUUGCAUUGGCUCUAAUCUAACCAAACAAAUCAAGGUUAAAUUAAAUCUGACCCUUCUCCCACAAUCCAUUGAACAGGUUUCUAAAAUAGUGGAUUGGAAGAAUGUUUGAAACAAGGAAGAAAGAAAUAGAUCCAGACACUGUAGGAAUUUCAUAGGAUUUGGUUAUGUACCAGGGGUGGUAUGAGGCAGGUGUAGACCAGGGAUGAGAUGGAAUGAUCAGAGUAAGGCCAAAGUAGGCGUGAGAUAUUUGAAUCAAGAUUUAGAAAUGGCAGAGGACCACUGAACCUGCCGUUCUGUUUUCCAUGGCCUUUAGUUUUCCAAGUGCCACUCUUUAGGUUACUAGGCUACCAUUAAGGGUCAGAACCUUGGAGAGUUCCAUACAGCACAGGGCAGGAGAAAUGUGAAUGUAACUAUUGCACUGGCAUGAAGAAGACAGGAUAAAGGCUCUUAAUAAUUGAUGCUGAAACAACUGUCUUGUUUUCUCUUUAUUGGAAUCUCCCAGAUUUAAAAGGCUGGUACCUCUUUCUCCCCCAACCUCAUGGAGAUCUUGGUGGGGCUAGAGAUGUCACUCCAUCUUGUGGAACAAGGACAAAGCUAUCUUAGCUGCAAUGGAAUUUUCAUUAAAUUCUGAUGCUACAGAGGGACGUGGGGCUUUCAGAUACUUGUACUCUCUCCUAAGGACUCUCAUACGACUACCUUGCUAAUCAUGGCCGGUUAAACGAGUCUGAGGCCAGGCGCAAAUUCUGGCAAAUCCUGUCAGCUGUUGAUUAUUGUCAUGGUCGGAAGAUUGUGCACCGUGACCUCAAGGCUGAAAAUCUCCUGCUGGAUAACAACAUGAAUAUCAAAAUAGCAGAUUUCGGUUUUGGAAAUUUCUUUAAAAGUGGUGAACUGCUGGCAACAUGGUGUGGCAGCCCCCCUUAUGCAGCCCCAGAAGUCUUUGAAGGGCAGCAGUAUGAAGGACCACAGCUGGAUAUUUGGAGCAUGGGAGUUGUUCUUUAUGUUCUUGUCUGUGGAGCUCUGCCUUUUGACGGACCAACUCUUCCGAUUUUGAGGCAAAGGGUUUUAGAAGGAAGAUUCCGGAUUCCAUAUUUCAUGUCAGAAGAUUGUGAGCACCUCAUUCGAAGGAUGUUGGUCCUAGACCCAUCCAAACGGCUAACCAUUGCUCAAAUCAAGGAGCAUAAAUGGAUGCUCGUAGAAGUUCCUGUACAGAGGCCUACUCUCUAUCCACAAGGGCAAGAAAAUGAGCCAUCCAUUGGGGAGUUCAAUGAGCAGGUUCUGCGAUUGAUGCACAGCCUUGGAAUAGAUCAACAGAAAACCAUUGAGUCUCUGCAGAACAAGAGCUAUAACCAUUUUGCUGCCAUUUAUUUCUUGUUGGUGGAGCGCCUGAAAUCACAUAGGAGCAGUUUUCCUGUGGAGCAGAGACUUGAUGCCCGCCAGCGUCGGCCUAGCACCAUUGCUGAACAAACAGUUGCCAAGGCACAAACGGUGGGGCUCCCAGUGACCAUGCAUUCGCCGAAUGUGCGACUGAUGCGAUCUGCCCUCCUCCCACAGACGUCCAAUGUGGAGGCCUUCCCAUUCCCAGCCUCGGGCUGUCAGGCGGAAGCAGCCUUCAUGGAAGAAGAGUGUGUCGACACUCCAAAGGUGAAUGGCUGUCUGCUGGACCCUGUGCCGCCUGUGCUGGUGAGGAAGGGGUGCCAGUCAUUGCCCAGCAACAUGAUGGAGACCUCCAUUGAUGAAGGGCUGGAGACAGAAGGAGAGGCUGAGGAGGACCCCAGCCAGGCCUUUGACGCGUUCCAGUCCACGCGCUGUGGGCAGAGACGGCACACCCUGUCGGAAGUGACCAACCAGCUGGUGGUAAUGCCGGGGUCAGGGAAAAUUUUCUCCAUGAGUGACAACCCCUCCCUUGACAGUGUGAACUCUGAGUAUGAUAUGGGGUCUGUUCAGAGGGACCUGAACUUCCUUGAGGACAGCCCUCCGCUUAAGGACAUCAUGUUAGCCAAUCAGCCAUCACCCCGCAUGACGUCUCCCUUCAUAAGCCUGAGACCCGCCAACCCGGCCAUGCAGGCUCUGAGCUCCCAGAAACGAGAGGCCCACAACAGGUCGCCAGUGAGCUUCAGAGAGGGCCGCAGGGCGUCAGACACCUCCCUCACCCAAGGAAUUGUAGCAUUUAGACAACAUCUUCAAAAUCUGGCUAGAACCAAAGGAAUCCUAGAGUUGAAUAAAGUGCAGUUGCUGUAUGAACAAAUAGGAUCGGAGGCAGACCCUAACUUGGCCUCAGCUGCUCCUCAGCUCCAAGACGUGGCCAGCAGCUCCCCUCAGGAGGAAGUUUCUCAACAGCAGAAAAGCGUGUCUGCUCUCGCCACCAGCGUGCGUCCUCAGCUCUCCCAGCGGCAAGGCCUGGAAGCCCAGUACCUGCAGCACAGACUCCAGAAGCCCAGCCUUCUGUCAAAAGCCCAGAACACCUGUCAGCUUUAUUGUAAAGAACCACCGAGGAGCCUUGAACAGCAGCUGCAGGAACACAGACUCCAACAGAAGCGACUCUUCCUCCAGAAACAGUCUCAGCUGCAGGCGUAUUUUAAUCAGAUGCAAAUAGCGGAGAGCUCGUACCCACAGCAGAGUCAGCAGCUGCCCCUUCCCCACCAGGAGACACCACCGCCAUCACAGCAGCCACCGCCAUUCAGCCUGACCCAGCCUCUGAGCCCCGUCCUGGAGCCUGCUUCAGAGCAAAUGCAAUACAGCCCUUUCCUCCGCCAGUACCAGGAGAUGCGGCUGCAGCCCCUGCCCUCCUCGCCUGGUCCCCGGGCUCCACCGCCGCUGCCCGUGCACUUGCAGCAGCAGCAGCCGCCACCGCCGCCGCCGCCACCACCACCGCCACAACAGUCGGGAGCUGCCCCAGCACCCUUACAGUUCUCCUAUCAGACUUGUGAGCUGCCAGGCGCUGCCUCCCCUGAGCCAGACUAUCCCACUGCCUGUCAGUACCCCAUGGAUGGAGCCCAGCAGAGCGGCAUGGCAGCUCCAGACUGUCCCAGGAGCUCAGGACCGCAGGAGGCCCCCUCCAGCUACGACCCUCUAGCCCUCUCUGAGUUCCCUGGACUCUUCGAUUGUGAAAUGCUAGAGGCUGUGGACCCACAGCACAGUGGUUACGUCCUGGUAAAUUAACCUCAGCACAGGAAGUAAGGCGGGUCAAGUAAAGGAAGAGUAUUUCUAUUUGUAUUCCAGCCUUUUAAAUUUAAAGCUUAUUUUCCUGCCCUCUCCCUAAUGGGGAAAAAAUCAAGUCACCCAACUGGAAUCAGAGGGCCUGGCCGGGUGGAUGUUGCUUCCUCCUGCCUCUGUCCCACCAGUUUUCUGUGGCAAGUGCUGGAACAUAGUUGUAGGCGGAAGCUCACGCCCUUAGGUCAAGUGGAGCAAGCUCUCACGGGAGGCACCAAAAAAUGUUUUUAUACGAAGAAGGCAUCCAGACCCAGGUUUUAUGCAAAACUCCACCAAUUCGUUAUCGAGGGAGACCUUGGUGAACGCAGGAAAAAUGUGUGCCAUUGUAUAUGGGCAAAAAAAAAGGCAAUAUAUUUUUCACUGAAGCCAAGCAACAACAUGUUGCUUAAAGGCAGAUCAAGAAUGCAUAAUGAAAUUUGAUGCACAGGAAAUAAAGGACAGUGUACUUGGUCAUUGAAUCCUAAGUUCUAAGCUGCUGAGGCAAGUUGUCCCUGAGGCCAUUGAAAAGCAGUAGAGUGUGAGCUUUGUUUCAGGGGCCACUACAUAAUGGCUGGUACUGACCCCUGAGACCAGUGGUCAUCUCCCCCUGGGAGCGGGUGACACACCACUUCAGAAGGUGCCCUGGGUUACAGAACGUCAGAGUGUACUUGGCACCAAAGAUGUCACCUGUAGAACCAGAGACCCACCGCAGUGGAGACUGGGGGCACGAAUUCAAGAAGCCGUCAGGAGCAGCAGCCCCGGGCCGGGGAAGACGGGCUCUCCCUGCACAGUCCUUGUGGAGACUUCUGGUUCGAGCAGUGGGUCUUUAGAGGACCUGGCGUCUCUUUUAAAAUGUAAUAACUACUUUGACUUUACACUCUAUGUUGCUAGUAGUUUGAGCUUUGUAUAUUUGGACAGUUUCAUAUAGGGCUUAGCAAUUUUAAGGACAAGACAAAUGAACUUUGAUCUCCCAUGUGAAGUGGUAGUGCUGUGCCUUUUCCCCCAGAUCAUGCUUUAAUUCUUUCUUUUCUGUAGAAACCAAUAGUUUUCCAUUGAUGUCAAUGCUAAAUCCAAAGUCACUUCAGAGUUUGUUUUCCACCAUGUGGGAAUCGCAUUCUUAAUUUCCGUAAAGUUCUGACUUGUAAUGAAAUGUUCAAGUAUUACAGCAAUAUUCAAAACCACAGAUGUGUUAACCAUUAAGCAGAUCAUCUGCCAAACACGUUAUCUUACUAGUAAAUUAACCCUUACAAUUCAUUCAUCAGAGUAAGUAAAAACUAGAUGCUACAGCUAGUUAACUGUAUACCUAGACGUCAUGAGUAACUUGUCAUUUGGACAGUAACAUCCAAGGGUUACAAAUUCAGUAUUAUUUACAAAGACUAUCGUUUCUGUCCUUUAGAACGGCUUGUCUAUCAGCAGAUGAAUGCGCUAAGCACAAAGCAUCUUCCUUAAAGCACAAAGAAGAGAGAUACUCCAGUGAUGCUGCAUCUAGAACACACCUUUAAGUUGCCUUUCCUCUUUGUAGUAAGUGUCCAGGCAGGUGAGGAGAAGCAUGGAAAGUCUAAGGAGUUCUGUUCCAGCCCCCGCCCAGCCCCGCCCAGCAUUGGAACUGGAGCAUCCUUGUCAUCGGCUCCACUUGGCGCCAGGCCCGUUCACAGAGGCUCUCUGCGUGGGGUUGGACUCUGGGUGUUAGCAAGAAAGGGUGGUGCGGAGGACUGUCAUGCUGUGAUUUAGCAACACGCAGUGAAAAUCCAGGAAGAAUGAUGUUCCUUCUAUGGAUUAUUCUCCUUCAUGCUUAAGAUUGAUGAUUUCAUGAAAUAGAUCACAUCGUUUCAUUUAAGGGAUCCUUUCAUUAAGAUCUCUAAUCUGUUCUAAGGUUUUGCAAAAUAAGCCAGUUAUAAAAUAGGGCUUGAUUUGUUUAGGCUGAAGGAUAUUUCCCAAAAUAUACUACAGAAGCGCUGUAAUAUUUAUAAAAUUAAAACGCUUUCCAGAUUGAAAAUGCAGGCCGCUCAUUUCAGAGUCGCAGGAAUGGCACAGUUACAGAUUGGCAUAAACACCUGCCUCCCGGCAAGGCCAUCAGCCACUUAGCCUGGGAAACCUCGGAGCUAUGGCAGGACGAGCGGGCUGACAGAUGAGAGACAGCGGCGAGGCUGUUGGAAGGUUAAAGGGCCCAGAGAGAGACAUGGGGAGGCACCAGCAGGGCCAGGUAUGGUAGGAACCGACAGACCAGCGGCGCGGGCACUCACCUGGCCAGUGCGUGACCCGCCUGCCGGACCUGUGUUGUAAGCUCCUGUUUGUUUUUCUCAUUUAUUUCAAGCAGAAAUCAAUAAAUUCCCUAACGAUCUGUAUUUACUGAAACGUAAGGUGGUGAGAGGAGACUGCUUCUGUUGGUCAAUCAGGUGUUUUCCCAGCCCUGUCUGAUCAUUGCCGUUGCUCUGUCCCCUAACUAGUGACCUGUGUAAGCUGCCAAGCCGUUUUCUCCUCACAAAUACUGAAGUAACACUAAGAAGGCUUCGUACCUCUCUUUUUAUGAGAGGCUGCUUUGAAAGAACGACUUUCUUUCCAGUCUGUUUCACAUUAGCAGUGUGUACACUACUGUAUAAUAAUCAUUAGCUUUAUUACUUUGUAAACCAGGCUCCUCUGAAGAGACUUUGGUGAGAUGAACGUGAGGUAAAAAUUUCAUUCAGCAAAAAGUGCAAUAUGUGUGGUACUUUCUUUAUUUUUUGUUUAUGUUCUUUUUUUAAUCCAGGGGUAUUAGUCUCUGCUUUGGGAAAAAAAGCACUAGUUCUGCCAUUUCUAGUCGGGCAAGUGUGUCUCUGGUAUUUACGUGCAGCUGAUACGCAGGUCCCUGUAAGGCAAACAGAGCGUGUUAAUGCAAAGAGGGAGGGUGGCUGCUCCAUUUCAAAACUGCCGUGAGCUCCACUGACGACGCCUCGCCGCCCCUCGCCCCCUCUGCCCCUCCCGGGCCUGCAGUGGCCUCUUGCUACCUUGGCAACAGAGAAGGGGGCAGAAGGUUCGCCACACCAGCCACCCUCCAACAUCGGCGUAAUGGGAGACAUCUGGGGCCGCCACGGAGGACCAGGAGAUGGGACUAAAGGACUCUGUGAGUUCUGGUAUGAACAAAACCCCUUCCUUUCUGAAUCAAACUCUGCCUCCUGGGAAAGAGAAAGUCCCUUUCUUCCUCAGAAAUAAAGAACUCGCGAGGGUUUAAGCUGUCCUGCGUUGGUUAGGUGGGACUGGCAGGAGCUUGGGAUGGGGACUAAAGGCAGCCCUUGGCUGGAGUUCCUGGAGGAAGGGGGGUGCCCUGUGUCCUUAUGGGGCGAGAGGCAACCACCUUGGGGGAGUAUCGCCCUCCAGUAGACAUAAGGCCUCUGCAGAAGGGACUCAUCUGGCACUGGCCUCUCCCACUCUGCCCCCACACUGUCAUUAGUACCUAAAAGGGGGGCUCUCAGAGAAAAGAAUUCUGCCUAAUCGUUAGUGUUGGGGAGAAGGGUGUGUGCUCAGCUAGAGUGACAGGGUGGCCAACCAGAAACUAAAGAAAGGGGACAAGCAGCAGCUUCUCGUGCUAGCUGGCCCGGGGUCCCGGUGCGGAGGUGAGCACAGCCUCUGGCCAGGGGCAGGCAGUUCAGACAGGUGGACAGGAGGACAUGAGUGGCUUCUUUUGCAGGUACUUAAAUAUUGGGCGCUAUGUUGGGGUAGAAUUUUCAGCUCUGUAUUACAUUUAAAAACCCCUAUUCAACAGUUACCCUCAGGCACCCUAAGGGUUUAAAGGAAAUUCAUAGUGGGGAUAACUUUUUCACAUUCCUCCUCCUCUAGAGACAGUACAUAGUGUCACUUGACAACACUGGCCCCAGUGAGCAGCUGCGGAGUCCCAGUGCUGGGGCUGACCUGGGCUGCAUCUGCACCCCACACUGGGCUGCCUCUCCUGCCUCCUCGGAAGCCACCCGAGCCGCUCGGUCCCUUUGUGCCUAGACAUCAAAGGUAAAAACUGGAGAACAGGUAGUAAGUUGGAGUCAUUGUCUAGGCAGGGACCUUUGAUCAUUUUGUUGCUUUUAAAGGAAAUUCGUACAGAACUUAUCUUCAAAGUGAUGUGUGGAAGACAAGAGCAGUAUCAUCUGCCUCUGUUUCUAAACUGGACAAAGAUAAAUCUUUUUCAUUUAUGUAUCCCUUCUCACAGGUUCAGUAGUACGGUCCUCCCGGGCCUGCGGCCCCAGGGAAGUGACUGGUUACGGAGCCCUUUCUGUCUCGGCCUGCGGCCCCUGGAAGGCAGCAGGAUAAACACAGGCUGGCCUUCCAAAGCCCCUUUUGCCUCAGAGUGUCUGGUCUCACAGUGCCCCUCACAUACUUGUUUUACCAUUUUUUCCCCAUUAAGGUAGCCUGGCUGAUUCCAGAAGGCUCACAGCCACCCUAGUUUACACCACAUCUUAUCUGGGCAGAUUUCGACACGUCUGGCAGGAGACGGCACCUACCGUUGCAGACACUGAGCAACAGGCAGCAGCGCCCUAGCCAGCGCCCACUGUGCCGGUUCCUGCCCGACAUUCCACUCGCCUGGGGAGAGGAGCAAUAGCUGACACCUGCACCAAUAGGCCAGCACUUUCACAGGCCAGCUCUUCUGAUCCUCACAAUUCCAUGGAGUCAUUUGGGCAGGUAGAGUCCUCAUUUUACAGCUGAGGAAAGCCAAGCUCUUGGCAAACACAUGACUUGUUGACGUGACUUGUCCAAGUGCACAGAGCUCGUGUGCGGAGCGGCCAGGACAAGCUCGUGGGUUUUCCGGCUUCUCGCUGGGCACCCUUUGCCCUCCUUGGUAGCAGUGGACUCUUCAUGAGCAAACAGCUGUAUAAACAGAGUCCCCAUCAUGGUGAAGCAUUGGGUGAAUGUGACACUGUCCCCACAACCUUGUUGUCCACUUGACAGCUGCUUGGCUUUGGGAAAGAGGUGCCCUCCAGGUGACAACUGCAGUUGUCCAGGUGGCCCUGCAUGAACAAGGCUAAGGGGACACAGACCCCACAGACUGCCAUCCUUCCAGUGUCCAGUUAACUACAGAAGUUAGGUUCACAUCAACAUGUCUAGUUUCUCCAAGUUGCGCGAUAUAGUGAUUUCCUACAGGAGCAUAUGAUAGAAGGACCCACCCUUCCUUGAUUGCCAAGGGGCCAAACUGCACAGCUCUGGGCCCCCACAGCAGGCCAACAAACCCAACCCCAAGAAAGGGGGCUGCACAGAGAAGAAUCAUGGACCCAGCCUGGUCCUGAGGAGGGGCGUAACGUUUCUUUACAGUGAAGGCCCAUCGAGGAGAAAUGCCGAUUAGACACUUGUAGGGUUAAAACAAAUAACAUACUUUGAUUGAAGAUUUUGUCUUUUCAGAGGCAAAGUGGGUGGGUAGGCAGGAGCUUUAAAAAUAGAAGUGCAAAAUAACAUCCUGGAAAAAUAUGACCCCAGAUUGGAGUGAUGUUACAUUAGCAACUACAGAGACCUGGGACUCGCCGCUGGCUGUGGGAUGCCUGUCUGUCGAAGAUUCGCUCAGUCAAGGAAAUUCCAGUGGGGAGGCCUUCCCACCACCAAGGGUAAAAGAAAUCCGCCUCCACCAGCAUCUCCGAAGGCAAAAGCAGCAGAGAGAAAAGGAGAUUUGCUUCUCUUUGGGGACUGCAGUUUAAGAAAUAAAAGUGAUCCGGAGUUAUUUGCACUUUGUAGAAACGGCAAGAAUAUUUGCUUAUUGCUGAAGGGAGGAGGGUGGCCUUUGCUGGAUGUUUGGUUUGUGAGUUACUUUUGAUAAAGUUAAUCUAAUUGUAGUUAUUUUUCCUGUGUGCUUUUUUAUUAAUUACUAAGAAAAAGUGGUGAGUUCAAUAGCUUUGUAUUUUGAGUGCAAAUCAUAAUAGCUCCAAUGUGAAAAAAUCAAAAUGUAACCUGUCACUCAAUGUUAGAAAAUUGCCUAAAAUGUGGUUUAAUAAAUGAUCUUUGUAUCAAACAGUAAUUUAAAUGGGGGUAAUUUUCUGCAAAGAAAAUGUACUGUUUUUACGUUUCCACCCUCUUGAAUUAAAAUAAAAACAAGUUCUUUUCUAA